CUCUCGGUGGUUGAGUACGACCCCGGCACUCACGACCUCAAGACUCUGUCCCUGCACUACUUCGAGGAGCCCGAGCUGAGGGACGGUUUCGUUCAGAACGUUCACGCCCCGCGUGUCCGCGUGGAUCCCGACGGCCGCUGCGCCGUCAUGCUCAUCUACGGCACGCGCCUCGUCGUGCUGCCCUUCCGUCGCGACACCUUGGCCGACGAGCACGACGGCGUGCUGCCGGAAGGGCAAAAAUCGAGUUUCCUGCCCAGCUACAUCAUCGACGUCCGGGAGCUCGACGAGAAACUGCUCAACAUCAUCGACAUGCAGUUCCUGCAUGGCUACUACGAGCCCACCCUGCUGAUCCUCUACGAGCCCAACCAGACCUGGCCUGGGCGGGUGGCAGUGCGACAGGACACCUGCAGCAUCGUGGCCAUCUCCCUGAACAUCCUGCAGCGCGUGCACCCCGUGAUCUGGUCCCUGAGCUCGCUGCCCUUCGACUGCACCCAGGCACUGCCUGUGCCCAAACCCAUCGGUGGCGUGGUGAUCUUCGCCGUGAACUCGCUGCUCUACCUGAACCAGAGCGUUCCCCCGUACGGCGUCGCCCUCAACAGCCUCACCUGCGGCACCACCGUGUUCCCGCUGCGGAUCCAGGAGGGUGUGAGGAUGACUCUGGACUGUGCCCAGGCCACCUUCAUCUCCUAUGACAAGAUGGUGAUCUCGCUCAAGGGGGGGGAGAUCUAUGUCCUCACCCUGAUCACGGACGGGAUGCGCUCCGUCCGUUCCUUCCACUUCGACAAAGCGGCCGCCUCCGUCCUCACCACCUGUAUGGUCCCUCUGGAGCCCGGGUAUCUUUUUUUGGGAUCUCGUUUGGGGAAUUCUCUCCUGCUCCGCUACACGGAGAAACUUCAGGAAGCUCCGGCUGGGGGCGGCAAGGAGGGAGCCGAGAGACAGGAGCCCCCGGUGAAGAAGAAACGCUCGGAGCCCUCGGGGCCUUGGGCAGGUGGGAAGCCGCAGGCUCAGGACGAGGUGGACGAGAUCGAGGUGUACGGCAGCGAGGCGGCCUCGGGGACACAGCUGGCAACGUAUUCCUUCGAGGUGUGUGACAGCAUCCUCAACAUCGGGCCCUGCGCCAACGCGGCCAUGGGGGAGCCGGCGUUCCUGUCCGAGGAGUUCCAGAACAGCCCCGAGCCCGACCUGGAGAUCGUCCUGUGCUCGGGGUACGGCAAGAACGGGGCUCUCACCGUGCUGCAGCGCAGUAUCCGGCCCCAGGUUGUCACCACCUUUGAGCUCCCCGGCUGUUACGACAUGUGGACGGUGACAGCGCCACCCCCGCGGGAACAGCCCGAGGUGGCCCCGGGGACCAGCGCGGAGCCCGAGGCGGCGACGGCUCCGGAAGGUUCCGAGGAGGACGGAGAACGGCACGGGUUCCUGAUCCUGAGCAGGGAGGAGUCCACCAUGAUCCUGCAGACAGGACAGGAGAUCCUGGAACUGGACACGAGCGGUUUCGCCACCCAGGGCCCGACCGUGUUCGCCGGGAACCUGGGCCAGGGUCAGUUCAUCGUGCAGGUGUCACCUCUGGGGCUGCGGCUGCUGCAGGGCGUCACCCAGGUGCACUUCGUGCCCGUGGACCUGGGCUCUCCCAUCGUGCACUGCGCCGUGGCCGAUCCCUUCGGGGUCCUGCUCAGCUCCGAGGGUCUCGUGGCCACCUUCGCCCUCAAAGGUGACGCCUACGGCGGCCGCGCCCCGCGGCUGGCCCUGCAGCGCCCGCCCCUGUCGCAGCAGUCCCGUGUCACCGCUCUCUGCCUGUACCGGGACGUUUCUGGAAUGUUCACCACCGAGAGCCGCGCCCCCCGCGAGGAGCCCCCGCCCCGCCCCCACGCCGAGGCCGAGACCCUCAUCCAGGACCUCAGCGACUCGGUGGACGAUGAGGAGGAGAUGCUCUACGGGGACUCGGGGGGCUCGGGGCGCUCCCCCCCCAAGGAGGAACCGCGGCGCUCGGGACCCCCCGAGAGGGACCCGGCCCCGCACAGCCCCGAGCCCUCGCACUGGUGUGUGCUGGCCAGGGAGAACGGCAACAUGGAGAUUUACCUGAUCCCCGACUGGCGCUUGGUGUUCCUGGUGAAGAAUUUCCCGGUGGGGCAGCGAGUCCUGGUGGAUUCAUCCUUCGGACAACCCCCGGCGGAGGCGCGCAAGGACGAGAGGGGCGAGCGGGAGCUGCCGCACGUGCGCGAGUUGUUACUGGUGGGACUGGGACGGGCCCAGAGCCGCCCCUUCCUGCUGGUGCACGUGGAACAGGAACUCCUCCUGUACGAAGCGUUCUCUCACGAUUCCCAGCUGGGCCAGAGCAAUCUCAAAGUUCGCUUCCGAAAGGUGCCCCACGGGAUCAAUUUUCGGGAGAAGAAACCGAAACCGUCGAGGAAAAAACCGGAAGGGCCCGGGGGGGCUCCCGGGGGGGCUCCCGGGGGGGCUCCAGGUGCGAACCCCGAAGAUUCGGGGGGACCCCGGGGACGCGUGGCCAGGUUCAGGCACUUCCGGGACAUCUCCGGGUACUCGGGGGUGUUCAUCUGCGGCCCCUCCCCUCACUGGAUGCUGCUGACAGGUAGGGGCGCUCUGCGGCUCCACCCCAUGGGCAUCGACGGCCCCGUGGAAUCGUUCGCACCUUUCCACAACGUCAACUGCCCCAAGGGCUUCCUGUACUUCAACCGACAGGGGGAGCUCAGGAUCAGCGUGUUACCUGCGUACCUGUCGUACGACGCGCCCUGGCCCGUCAGGAAGAUCCCCCUGCGCUGCACCGCUCACUACGUCGCCUACCACGUGGAGUCCAAGGUGUACGCGGUGGCCACGAGCUCCCCCCACCCCUGCACGAGAAUCCCGCGGAUGACGGGGGAGGAGAAAGAGUUCGAGAGCAUCGAGAGAGACGAGCGCUACGUCCCCCCCCAGCAGGAAGCGUUCAGCAUCCAGCUCAUCUCCCCCGUCAGCUGGGAGGCCAUUCCCAACACCAGGAUCGCCCUGGAGGAGUGGGAACACGUUACCUGUAUGAAGACGGUGUCGCUGCGCUCCGAGGAGACGGUGUCGGGACUCAAGGGUUACGUGGCCGUGGGCACCUGCCUGAUGCAGGGGGAGGAGGUCACCUGUCGGGGCAGGAUCCUGAUCCUGGACGUCAUCGAGGUGGUUCCGGAGCCGGGGCAGCCCCUGACCAAGAACAAGUUCAAGGUGCUCUACGAGAAGGAGCAGAAAGGUCCCGUGACCGCCCUGUGCCACUGCCACGGCUACCUGGUGUCUGCCAUCGGGCAAAAGAUCUUCCUGUGGAGCCUGAAGGACAACGAGCUGACGGGCAUGGCGUUCAUCGACACGCAGCUCUACAUCCACCAGAUGAUCAGCGUCAAGAGCUUCAUCCUGGCCGCCGACCUCAUGAAGAGCAUCUCGCUGCUGCGCUACCAGGAGGAGAGCAAGACCCUGUCCCUCGUCAGCCGGGACGCGAAGCCGCUGGAGGUCUACAGCGUGGACUUCAUGGUGGACGGAACCCAGUUGGGAUUCCUGGUGUCCGACCGCGACCGGAACCUGCUGGUGUACAUGUACCUGCCUGAAGCCAAGGAAUCCUUCGGGGGGCUGCGGCUGCUGCGCCGCGCCGAUUUCCACGUGGGGGCGCACGUCAACACCUUCUGGCGCACGCCGUGCCGCGGCCACGGGGACGGACCCAACCGGCGCUCGAGCACCUGGGAGAACAAACACAUCACCUGGUUCGCCACUCUGGACGGGGGCCUGGGGCUGCUGCUGCCGAUGCAGGAGAAAACCUACAGGAGAUUGCUGAUGCUGCAAAACGCGCUGAGCUCCGCCCUGCCUCACCUGGCGGGGCUGAACCCACGGGCAUUCAGGUUGCUGCAGUCCGAGCGGCGCCUCCUGCAGAACGCCGUGCGCAACGUCCUGGACGGAGAAUUGCUGAGCAGGUUCCUUUACCUGAGCGCCAUGGAGAGGGGAGAGCUGGCCAAGAAAAUCGGCACCACACCUGACAUUAUCCUGGACGACCUCCUGGAGAUCGAUCGCGUCACGGCGCAUUUCUGACACACCCCGGAAACCCCAAAAUGUCCCAAAAUCCCCCAAAAUAUCCACAAAAACCACCCCAAAAACCGCCCCAAAAACCGCCCCAAAAACUGCCCCAAAAUAUCCCAAAAUCCCCCAAAAUAUCCCCAAAAUAUCCCAAAAUCCCCCAAAAUAUCCCCAAAAUAUCCCAAAAUCCCCCAAAAUAUCAUCAAAAUAUCCCAAAAACCGCCCCAAAAACCGCCCCAAAAUAUCCCAAAAUCCCCCAAAAUAUCCCCAAAAUAUCCCCAAAAUAUCCCUAAAAACCGCCCCAAAAACCGCCCCAAAAUCCACCCAAAAUAUCCCAAAAUCCCCCAAAAUAUCCCCAAAAUAUCCCAAAAUCCCCCAAAAUAUCCCCAAAAUCCCCCAAAAUAUCCCCAAAAUAUCCCAAAAUCCCCCAAAAUAUCAUCAAAAUAUCCCUAAAAACCACCCCAAAAUCCACCCCAAAAUAUCCCAAAAUAUCCCCAAAAACCGCCCCAAAAACCGCCCCAAAAUCCACCCCAAAAUAUCCCAAAAUACCCCAAAAUAUCCCCAAAAUAUCCCUAAAAACCACCCCAAAAUAUCCCAAAAACCGCCCCAAAAACCACCCCAAAAUAUCCCAAAAUCCCCCAAAAUAUCCCCAAAAUAUCCCCAAAAACCUCCCCAAAAACCACCCCAAAAACCACCCCAAAAACCACCCCAAAAUAUCCACAAAAACCACCCCAAAAACUGCCCCAAAAUAUCCCAAAAUAUCUCCAAAAACCGCCCAAAAAACUGCCCCAAAAUCCACCCCAAAAUAUCCCAAAAUCCCCCAAAAUAUCCCCAAAAUAUCCCCAAAAACCUCCCCAAAAUCCCCCAAAAUAUCCCAAAAUAUCCCUAAAAACCACCCUAAAAAACACUCCUAAAACCACCCCAAAAUGUCCCAAAAUCCCCCAAAAUAUCCCCAAAAACCACCCUAAAAACCACCCCAAAAUAUCCCAAAAUCCCCCAAAAUAUCCCCAAAAUAUCCCCAAAAACCACCCCAAAAUAUCCCCCCAAAAACCCCUAAAACUCACCCCAAAAACCUCAAAAAUAUCCCAAAAUCACCCCAAAAAAACACCCAAAAAAGAGCCAAAAUCACCCCAAAAUCACCCCAAAAAAUCCUUUAAAAAAUCCCUAAAAAAUCGCAGAAAAAAAACCAAAAAAUCCCCCCAAAAUCCCAAAAUAAAUCCCAAAAAUCCCCUAAAAAUCCUACAAAGAAUCCCCAAAGAAAUCCCCAAAAAAUCCCUAAAAAUCCCCAAAAAAUCCUUAAAAAAAUCCCUGAAAAAUCCCCCAAAAAAACCCAAAAAAAUCCCCCAAACAAUCCCCCAAAAACCCAAAAAAAUCCCUAAAAAAUCCCCAAAAAACCCCCAAAAAUCCCAAAAACUCCCAAAAAACUCCCUAAAAAAAUCCCCAAAAACCCCAAAAAAUUCCCAUAAAAUCCCAAAAACUCCCUAAAAAACCCCAAAAAAUCCCCAAAAAAUCCCUAAAAAACCCCCAAAAAUCCCCAAAAAAUCCCAAAAAAACCCCAAAAAAUCCCUAAAAAAUCCCCCCCAAAAAACCAAAAUAAAUCCCAAAAAAUCCCCCAAAAAAUCCCCCAAAAAAAUCGCAAAAAAUCCCUAAAAAAUCCCAAAAAAUCCCAAAAAAUCCCUAAAAAAAUCUCCAAAAAAUCCCUAAAAAAAUCCCCAAAAAAUCCCCAAAAAAUCCCCAAAAAAGUCCCAAAAAAUCCCAAAAAAACCCUAAAAAUCCCUAAAAAUCCCCAAAAAAUCCCAAAA